UAGAUUCCUAUUGGCUGGCCGCCUUAUGCAGCUGCUUGUCAACAAGAUGGCCUUCCUCCCUCUUUCGUUUUGACACUGAUUAUUUUGGUAUCCAACGCACAUACCAUUAAAGCUUGUGUCACUUCUAAAUAGAUAGAUGGAGCGGGACUGUCGACAGUCCUAACAAGGUCGGCUCAGAAAACUGACAAGUCUCGAUAGAAGCAGCGGCCGCGGAAGGUUGAUAAUAGGAAAGUAGCUGCCGUCGACGUUAGCCUGAGCGUGAGCUAGCUUAGCUACGUGGACGCGGAUAGUGAAGUCGUGUCAUCUGCAAUCCACACAAACUGGUUUGGCCAGAAGCAAUGAGGAAAGUCGUACCAUCGAGAGUGUGAGUGCCCAAACUGUUGCUUGAGACUUUUGAAGACCAGAGUUGUUGAGGUUGCAUGCCUGAUCACUAGGGAGCUCUGCAGCUACAGUGCCCUGUAGGUUGGCACUUAAGUGGGAAUCUGAUGAUGAGUGCACCGGUCGUGAGUGCCUGCAGGCCGGCAUAGCUGCUGGAAUGUUCCAGAGGUCCGCAUCCUGAUGGACCGAGACACGUUCUCCCACAUCCGUUUGUGGUGUCCACGUCCUUUUGGGACCUACUCACAAAAUAAAGCUAGGACUCCUGUCUCAGGGGGCAAUGUUAUCGCUGUAGGCGGGGCUGGGUCUUCCUCCUUCUGCAAGGGUGAGCCCCCUCCUGCUGCCAGGAGAGCAGGAGAUGGAGAAGAAGAUGUAGGACUUCUUGCGGCCGUGCAGGACAAUGUAAAGGUGGAGGAUGUGGGCUCUGAGAACACACCACCUGAACCUGAACUUAACUCUAGUUCCCUGAUGCAAAGCCAGGCCACUAUGCCCACAUCAUCCACUUCACCACUUCCGUCUUCUGGGACCCAAAUGGAAGAUGGUCGAGUGCUAUUGGAUACCUGGUAUGUCAUUAAACCAGGAAACACUAAGGAGAAGAUUGCCUUUUUUGUGGCACACCAGUUUUGUGGGGCAGGCCAAUCUCGACCAAGCGCCAUGAAGGUAAAAGGUAACUGGGCAACUGACUGUAGUAAAGCAAAAAGGCGACGAAGAUGCUCAUCCUAUGACCCACCGAACCGUCUGCAUGCUUCGGAAGCGCAGAUCACCCAUGGUUCUUCUGAAGCACCUAAUGCGCCUCCUACCACUGAUCAGCCAGCAGUUGAUGAGGCGAAUGAGACCGACCUGCUGUCAGUGGCUCAGAUGGUCGCCUUGGUUGAGCAGAGGACAGCAAUGGCUCUCCAGAAUAUUGUGGCUGUUCAUGGAAACCAGUACCAGCCCUCUAUUACCAGUCAUGAACAGGUCCUUAGCCCUCACCAGCACACACUACUUCGGGGAACAGAAUCAGAUCCCACUCAUGUGGCCUUUGAGUCUGACAUUUCGAAAAGCCCACCUUCUAAAGAAGUCAAGGAAUCAUCAUCAUCUCCCAUUCACACGGACCAAGAGCUGGAGGAGCAGCAAGAGUCAUGCCGAGUUGCACAGGCCAUCGCACACUUUGAGUCUCAGAAUCUGGAAAAUCGCCUCCAUAUGGGACCUGGUUCUGCUAUAGGCUUUUCUAACCGAGACAGGCAUCUGAGAAGAGAAACAGAGUCCAGUCACGUAGCACCUUCUCCACCACCUAAACACAGCCACGGUGAGGUGAGGAUAGCUUUCAGAGUAUCAAAUCUGGACCCACGUUCUCAGCUGGAGCCAGCGGGCCGGUCACGUUGUAUGUUUAUGAGUUGUGGUGGUGGGAGUAGUCAAGCGUCACCCAGAUCUAAAGAAAAAAUUACCUGUGACCUCUACCAGCUUGUCAGCCCCUCUUCGAGAGAUCCCAGUAGCCUUUUGCUUGCUGCCACAACUGCUGCCCCCAAACCAGAUGUAGACCUUCAUCACUCUGACACCCACACCUCUGGCAGCCCAGAAACAAGCCAGGAGCCUUCUUCUGGGGAAAAAAUAUCUGUAGGUGUCGGUAGGGAGCGAGUCACGGGGUUUCAUGUGGAGGUUGUGGUGACAGGUGCUGUGGACCAAUGUGUGUUUUAUGGCAAGGACAGUACAGAGAAUGUUCAGGAGGAGACUGUGUGUUUUGCCAUGCCUGGUGGGGGCGGAAGUGUUGGGGGUGUACCCAGCUCUACUGACCUCUCAUCAGAGGAUCCUCCUCCAGGACAGCUCUUUUUCUUUCCACCAUCACGAGUGGCAGAAGAGGAGUCAAAUUCAACAAUUUCUGGCAGAGGAUCAGCAUUAUGCUCUCUGGACUGUGCUAACAGCCGCAACCCAGGAGCAGGGGGUAUGUGCUCAGGAGAGCAUCCACCUCGACCAGAUUCUCCCCUUGCCAAUGUUGGGGAAGACUGUUCAGACCCAUCGCUGUGUCGCCUAUACCGCCACGUUUCCCAUGAUUUUCUAGAAAUUCGCUUUCAGAUUCAACGCUUGCUUGAACCUCGCCAGUACAUGCUGCUGCUCCCUGACCACAUAAUGGUCAAUAUCUUUAGUUACUUGCCCACACGCUCCUUGGCAGCCCUCAAGUGCACCUGUCACUACUUCAAGGUGCUGAUCGAGACCUACGGAGUACGAGCUGUGGACUCUCGUUGGAAUCAAGACCCUCUUUAUCGAGAUGAUCCCUGUAAGCAGUGUAAACGCCAGUAUGAGCGUGGGGAUGUUUCGUUGUGCCGAUGGCACCCUAAACCUUACCACCAUGACCUGCCUUAUGGACGUUCCUACUGGAUGUGUUGCCGACGUACAGACAAGGACACGCCAGGAUGCCGUGUUGGGCUUCAUGAUAAUAACUGGGUCCAGCAGCCUGCUGAUGGCUCUCAGACCAUCCGAUCCAAGAGGGAGAUCCGACGGGAAGAGGCCAGGUAGAAGAGGAAAAAUAUUGCCUCUCAUCUCUUCUAACCUGUCUUGCAUCAUUUCUACUCAAAGGAUUGAAAAAAUAUAAGAAAUCGUCACUCCAGGACAUUCUUAAUUCAACCUCAUGUUUAGUAGUUGCUCUCAACAUUAAGUUGAGCAGUAAAGAAGAAAAGACAAGAGGUGUCACUUCAUGCCUUUUUUGUCAAGUUCUACAAAAUUUCUCUCCUCCCACUGCACUCCAGAGAGCCACUUUUUCAAGUGUGUUUACCAGCGCUGGUGUUUUGUCUCGCUGCUGUCUGUUUGCCCUGUUCUCAUGGCUCUAGCGUGUCAGGGUUACUACUCAACUCUACACAUUGGUCAGAGCUUGUCAGACAUUUCCUGUGACACCUUUGCAGUGUAUUUGAUUGAGAUUAACAUUAAGUGAGAAAUAGAAAUGUAAUGCCCUAGAGCCAGAUUAUAUUCUCAAGACUUGGUCUACAUUGUGUUACACCGCAAACUUUCAUGUGCUCUUUGGGCUCAGUGCAGCUAAUUGAAUAAGUGAACUGUACUGAAUCCAACAUGCCAAACUAUUGUGUGGAAUGUUCACUGGUGAUUAGAGAUGUGAUUGUAUGAGGCAAACUUGAUAUUCCAAACUUUUAAGAUCUGUCCUAUACCAUGGAUUUCUGUUUCUCUGAAUGUGCUGUAUUUAUUGUUUGUCCAUCAGUCCCCUGAUAAUGCUGCUGAAACCAUUGGCUGGGUCAUUCAAGUUAUUUCUGAAAUAGCCAUACCAUUGGUUGAUAGUCUUGCAUACUUUGGUCACUUUUUUUUUUUUUGUUCUCCAUAUUCGACCCUACUCUAGUUUACCUGCCUUGAACAGGUGAUACAAAUUACUACUCCUGGGAGAUAUCAUGUAUAGAUUAAGAUCAGUGGGAUAAAAAAUAUUUUUGAUUUGACUGACUUGCUUGUUUGCCUUUUUUUAUGGGGGGGGAGGGGGGUGGCUUUUUGGGGUGUCUUAGAAUGUUUGGUGUUCUAUUGUACUAUUAAACUGUGCUCCUCUUUAUCAACUGGUCCCAUUUCCUAUGCCACAAAGAAUGUUUUCGUGUAUUACGUAAUCAUUGUUUAACCUUCCCAUUAUGAUUUUUCCGUCCUCCAACUGAGUAGAUAGUGUUGGCCAAAAACGCCAGCGCUCUGAUUGUCAAAUCAACUAUCACAGACCGCAGAAACUCUACACCAGCCUCCAGCCUUAAAUUCCCCCUACCUCUAUUCCCCGACAGGAAAUUGAGGCAUGAGAUACCUCACAGACGGUCAAGAGUAUUCGGUGUUGCACCGUACCCUUUUUCAAGAGGCCUGAUAGACUGACUAUUCAUACAGAAAUAGUUCUCCUCUCCUCCAGCUUUCUCUCCUGCUUUUUGGCCACCCCAUCCCAACAAGCUGACAGACUGGACAUUAUACUGAUGCUGUAAUUCUGCAUGAGGGUGGCACAAUGCUUGGGUAGUCAUGGGAGAUACCUGUUGUUUCCAGAUAUGUCCAACUCUACUGGGAAAUAUUGGCUUAAAUAUAAAAGUGAUGAUUAAAACUGGAAAGCAAACAUUUAA